GUACCUGCUGCACGGACACUGCGUCUGUGGAGGCACUCCUGACUGAUUGUCUGUUUUUCCCCCCCCUCACUUCCAGUGAAAGUCCUCGCGGAACAGCAGCAAUGCGGUCCGACGUCGCGUUUGUGAUCUUUCUCCACUGUGUGGGAUUUAUUGGAUGUAAACCCUCAUCGCCCUGUUUCAGCGGACAGUUUAUGCUGAAGAACCAGUGUGUCCUCUGCCACCCCACCUGCUCCGAGUGCGACGGGCACGAGCUGUUUGAAUGCACUACCUGUGGAGUUGAUGAAGAUGGACAGGAACGUUUCCUUCACCAAGGUCGCUGUCGGACACACUGCCCCCGGGGACUCUAUCCUGACAGGGGUCACUAUGCCUGUCUGCCCUGCAUAGCCAAUUGUGAACUCUGCACAGAUGGCAACAUAUGUGCCAAAUGUCGGGAACACUACAAACUCCAAAAUGGAGUCUGCCAAACUGCGUCCUGUGUCAUAGGGCAGGUGCAGGACCCGGAUACAGGGGAGUGCAUCGACUGUGAGAUGGGCUGCAAAGCAUGUUCCACAGAGGACCCUGAUAUCUGCAACAGCUGCGUGGAAGGUUACUUUCUUUUCAGACACCAGUGUCGCAGGCAUUGCCCCCAGAGCACCUAUGAAGACUGGGGCAGGGGCUUGUGUCUGUCCUGUCCAGCACCAUGCACAGAUUGCAGGAGUAUCACACGCUGUCUUGCUUGCCAGCCUGGUUACUUCCUCAAUGGAGGUGACUGUAUAAAGCAGUGUCCCCAGCAAACCUUCAGUGACUCCAGUGGGUGGCUCUGCCAGUCUUGCCACAACUCCUGCCAGACAUGCCAUGGACCUCGGUCAACCAACUGUGACCUGUGCCUUGGUGGGAACCCUCCUCUACAUGGGCAGUGCCCUCUGGCUAACUGCCCCUUGGGACAGUACUUUGAAGGGAAAUAUAGUGAAUGCCACACAUGUGAUGCUUCCUGUAAGACCUGUUUUGGCCCACAAGCGCUGGAUUGCUCUUCUUGUUUCAAAGGAUAUUUCUUGGGUCAGGACAGUUCUUGUGUAGGGCAAUGUCCAUCUGGCUCCUACGCAAACACUGCCACUCAGUUGUGUGAGGACUGCUCGCCAAGCUGUGAGGCCUGCGUGGAUACCAGUUAUAACUGCGUCAGCUGUUCCAAAGGCAGCUAUAAACUUUUUCUACACCAGGGGAGGUGCUGGUCAAAUUGCCCAGAAGGUUUCUUUGAGACAGCAGAGGGAUCAUGUGAAGCCUGUGAUAGCUCCUGUUUCUCAUGUGAUGGGAUCAAGUCCCAGUGUCUAUCCUGUGCUGAUGGCCACUACUUGGAGAGUGGUAUUUGUAGACUCAACUGUUCACUGCGGGCAUAUCCUGCAGAUGAUGGUACCUGCAGACGCUGUUCUCCCCACUGUGACGUUUGCUCAGAUGACAGGACCUGUUUCAAAUGCAGUUUCCUUUACCUGAUGCUGAACGGUGUGUGUAAGGCAAGUUGUCCCAUGGGCUAUUAUGAGGACAUGGAGGAGGGCCGCUGUGGUCAGUGCCACCCAACAUGUGUCAGCUGUUCAGGGCCCAUGGCAGAUGACUGUGAGACCUGCUCAACAUUUAGCCCCAAACUCUAUAAGGGUACAUGCUCCAAAGACUGUCCCACUGGUACCUACUAUGAAACUGAAGCUCUGGAAUGUCAAGAGUGCCACCAGACCUGUAUGAGCUGCUCCGGCUCAGACGCAAACCAGUGCACCCAGUGUGAGAAGGGACUUGUGCUGGAUCCAAACACAUUGUUGUGUGGCGUGACCGGUGACACUGACUGCCCACCGAGGACCUACCUACACGAUGACCAGUUCACCUGCAUGCGUUGCCAUCAGCACUGUUACUCUUGUGAGGGACCAGGCAACGAUGAAUGCCAGACCUGUGCCGUCCCCAAAUACCUUUAUAACAGCACUUGUGUGAGUGAGUGUCCGGCUGGUACAUACGACACAAGGCAGGAUGCUGACGGAACAGAGCUGGGCCUCUGUUUGCCUUGUGAUAACGCCUGUUCCACCUGCUCGGGAGCAUCCCCUAAAGAUUGCCUCACUUGCUCUGCAGGACACCUGCGUCUCCUUCAACUCUGUGUCACCCAUUGUCCCACAAGGUAUUACAGAGAGGGCUCUCACUGUGAGACAUGUGACCAGUCCUGUGAGCAGUGUACAGGACCAGGACCUGAGUCCUGCAGGGCCUGUUCACCUCCUCUUCUGGAACUGCAAGGCACCAAGCUGUGUGUUGAGCACUGCCCACAGCACUUCUAUCGGCUUAAUGACAUCUGCAAACAGUGCCACACCAGUUGUCAGACCUGCACAGAUGCCUCGCCUCACGGAUGUGUGACGUGCGACUGGGGCAGCACUUUAAAGGACAAAGUCUGCUAUCCACACUGUGAGGAGGGGCAAUACUUUUCGAAAAAGGAAACCUGUGAGCCAUGCGACAGCUCCUGUGGGCAUUGCACUGGCCCUAGACCUGACCAGUGUCUGACUUGCCACCGGGAUUCUGCUCUUCAUGCUGUGGAGAACCGCUGUGCCCACUGCUGUCAGGCUGGAGGGAAUGACACAGAUUGUUGUGUUUGUGACAGCCGCUCAGCUCUGUGCGUGGAGGCUCCCCAACCCAAGUCAGGAGAGGAUCAGGCAACGGACCUGAAUAUGUCUUCUAGAACUCUGAAGCACACCUCAGCUGGCCUUCCUAUUGCCCUGCUGCUGGCACUGGGGUUGGCUCUGGCCGUGUUUGCCUUGGUCAAGGCCCAUGCCAGGAAGAGGCUUUGCUGGGGCCAAAGCUAUGAGAGACUCAGUGGCAGUGCCAGCAUCAAUAUGCCCCACGGUGUUCCCGAGCCGGACAGUGGAGACGAGGUGGACGUGGUGUACACCAGUAGAGGUGGAUCAGUAUAUCGACGCUACAGCUUUAUCCAUGAGCCGGACACAGGUGCAGACCAGGAUGUGGAUGAGAGCACUUGUCUCAAUCAAUUUUAGAUACAUACGUACCAGAUCUUGAAGUGUCUGAGGAAUAUAUUGUGAAUGCUCACAAUAUCAACACAGGUGAAUUCAAAAUAGUAAUGUAUUUUGCCUUUUAGUGAUAUUUUGCUUUGUUACGUUGCUUUAUGAGUUAUUGUGUUUAUUCUACUCUACGAAGUGCCUGUACCUGUAUAAUGCACAUUCUAAGUUGAGGCAUUUGUGAGUAAACAGUGAAAAAAAUACAUGUGUAUGUAUUAAAAUGGUAAACAGCUUAGUAUAACCGAUACCCGCACUGGGAGGGGGUAAGUCGCUGAAACACUGCUGUUCUGUAACCUCUGACCUAGGUAUCUAACGUAGCUCCCAAAAUCUACACGCAAACAGUCUCAUCCUGCUUUUGGAGGUGAAAGUUCAGCAUAGAUGAAACACUAGCUGUCGUUCUAUCACUUCUUUCAGGCUUUUCACGCUGGCCUCCCUGACAGCAGGAUAGCGACAGAAUAUGUUGAUUAUAUUUAUUUUUAUUACUCUGAAUCUGUAAAGUAACUAAUGUUAAAAUGUAUCUGCAGAGUCACAAUAGAGCUGCAUUUCACCCAAAGAAAUGUGCGUGUGUGUGUGUGUGUGUGUGUUUUGUGAUCAAGUUCUUCUUUUUGUGAUUGAUGCGCCUUCCUCAAAGUCCUACCAAGAACACUGAUACCCAUCUUCCUCAGAGACGGUGACUGAGGAACAUUUGUAGGCGUGUUUGUUACAGUUGGUUUUUUUCCCUUCAUCCUCAUGUUUAAACAAACUAUCUUUGGUCAUGUUGAAUAACACGUUUACUGAAUCAAUAUGUAGAAUUCAAAUAAAUUAGGUAGACUAUUUUCAUUGAUUUGAACCUUUGAUAGGAUAUUUCACUAUUUAUUUUUGGCAUUCAUCGGGUGUUUAAACAACAAGAAAUAAGCUGAUUCUGACCCAACAAGGAACUUUAUUACUUUACUAAUUUACUUUACCAGUACUUAAAAUUAUCAUAAUUGUAAGUACUAGUAAAGUGAUUGUACCAUAAUUGAAUUAUGGUGCAUUUAACCCAAAAACAUCAUACAGACCACCACAUGUAAGGAACUAUUUGAGUAAUCCUCUGUGUGCACACCAGAUGGUCUUCAAUUCCAUACAAACAAGUAACAUGUAAAAAUCGUAUUAAUUGUAAAACAUAACAUUUUUAAACAUGAGAUGAUUUAAAACUGAUGUCUUGUGUGUACCUGAUGCGGUCGAGAACACAAUAUUAAUGCUAAUGCUUUGUUUCCAUACAACCAAAAGUUUAUUUUGGUUUAGUUUGUGUCUUCAGUUUUAAAGCCACAGGAAGAAAAGUGGAAUUCUAUGAUAAAUGCUGCCAUGAUUUCAGUACAUUCACAACAACAAUAACCUUACACAGAACUGAACAAACACUAAAAGGGAGCAUUUGUAGGCGUGUUUGUUAUAGUUGGGUUUUUUCCCUUCAUCCUUACUUCCUCAAAGUCCUGCCAAACAAGGCUUGAAGAUAGGACAGCACAAUUAACCCUGAGUGAAAAGAGAUGACAAGGACACACUAGGAGACCAGAGACAUGUUUGUGGGACAUCCAACAACAAACAGUAAACCCCAGAAACAGUCUACAUUUGAUCAGAGACAGAGAUGAAAGAAAUGCUGAAAAGAUAUGUAGGUAGGUUAGAUAAGCCCAAAGUCAGGCAACAGAAAUGUGAGAC